AUGGCUUAUUGCGCGCCGUGCGGCAGAAGUUUUACCCAUCACGGCGCCCUUACACAGCAUAUUGAUGACAGCGAGAUACAUCGGGUGAAUCUCGCUAGGUACUGCAGCAUAUGCAAUCUUCUUUUCGCCGACGCUUCAGCUCUUCGAGACCAUCGCUCGAGAGCACACGCAGUCCAGCAAGCAUACUGCCGACCAUGCGCUCGUUAUUUCGCUGAUAAUGCUGCUCUCCAGAAUCACCUUCAGUUUUCGAGCGCCCACGGACCCUCCGAACCGUAUUGCCGGACCUGCAAUCGUUAUUUUGUCGACAAUGUCGCCCUUCAACAACACUACGAUUACUCGACGGCGCACCUUGAUGACUCUGAUUACUCUGAUGAGUCUGAUGAUGAAGGGGAACCUUAUUGUACGACAUGCGAUCGGUAUUUCGUCAAUGACGAAGCUCUCGAACAACAUCUCGAUACCUCCGGUGCCCAUAACUUCUUCAAUGCACCAAGUGCCUACAGUAUUCCACCGAGAAGUAGUCAGUCAACUUUGUUCAGUGGACAACCAGCAUCCAGUGUUCAACAACCAGCCCCAAAUUCAGUACCCCGUGUUCACCAACCAGCCUCGAGCUCAGUACCAAAAGCUCCACAACCAGCCUCGAGUUCAGUACCAAAAGCUCCAAAACCAGCCUCGAGUGUAGUGCCGAAUGUUCGACAACCAGCCUCAAGCUCGGUACCCAGUCAGGCUAGUCCUGUGGUCUCGAAGAAGGAGAAUGUCCAAACUCAUCUGAACACUUCGAAAAGCCCAGACCCUCCAAAGCCUUCACCAACCUCCGAUAAACCUCUGAAAAGCCUAGAUCUUAAUGUCCUUGGGAGUCGAGAAUAUUCAACAACCGGAAAAGAAAGGGAAAAUAUUCCAGAUGGUUUCAAAAAGCCCGACGCCUCCGAAGUUGCUCAAAGUUCUGGAAUCGACAAGACUUGGACAGUGCCCUUGGCCGAAGCAAUUGCAAAAUGCCUAGAGAGAGAGUUUCCCCAUCUGAGAGACUUGGAUGGCUCAAUGGUUGCACAGGCUCUAGCAAAGGACCCUGAUGAGUCUUCUGGCCUGGCAGCUUCGAAGCCCGCAAACAACAAGACAACACCAGCAGAAUCCUCGGAAAGAUCCUCCUGCAAGUACAGAAUCUCCAACAGCUGGCCAAGAAAGCCAGAAAGCCUCGAUCUGUCCCCCAACUUUGGACCACAACGCGGCCUCACCAACUACAUCAGUUCUUGGAAUCCAGGAGAGCCUCGGACAAGACUUGCCGUGUUGCUCGUGCAAUCUGUCAUUUAA